UUGUCAUCAGUUGAAAGUUUGUUACGUUGACCGUAAGCUCCGAAUUUGAUUUCCACUUUUCUGUAGUUAAAUUUACGUGUCAGCCGCAUUUUUCGUUAAUUGUUAUUUGUUAAUCAGUUGUCAAACGUAUCGCAAUGGCCCGAACAAAGCAGACCGCUCGUAAGUCGACGGGAGGCAAAGCUCCGCGCAAACAGUUAGCCACCAAAGCUGCUCGCAAAUCCGCGCCAGCCACCGGAGGUGUGAAGAAGCCCCAUCGCUAUCGUCCUGGCACCGUGGCCCUCCGAGAAAUCCGUCGGUACCAGAAGUCCACGGAGCUGCUGAUCCGUAAACUGCCGUUCCAGCGCCUGGUCCGUGAAAUCGCGCAGGACUUCAAAACCGAUCUCCGAUUCCAGUCUUCCGCUGUCAUGGCUCUGCAGGAAGCAGCGGAGGCUUAUCUCGUGGGCCUGUUCGAAGACACCAACUUGUGCGCCAUCCAUGCCAAACGUGUGACCAUCAUGCCCAAGGACAUCCAGUUGGCUCGCCGAAUCCGAGGGGAGCGUGCCUAGACGGUUAAAUGACGAUCGGUUGAAAUUCCGCAAUGUGUUGGCUUUAAUCUUAGAAGUUGCUUGUACAGUUGUACUUACCGGAGCGCACUUGUAACAGAUUCUAAGCUUCUAAUGUUUUUGCCAUGUCGUUUCUUUUUUGUGUGAAUAGUAGCGUGUCUGACUGCAAUCUUUAUUAUCGCUUUAUCUUCUACAAUAAUUACGACCACUGGAAAUAUUGUAAAACAUGUCCCGUUGUUAAUAAAUGCAUGGUUAUCACUUAUCAGACGGUCACUAUG